UCUGGCUGCGGGCGGCAGGCGGCACUCUCAGCUUCACUAGAGAACCGUGCGGGGGCCCCAACAGCCGCCACAGCCUCCUCACUCCAUGGCCAUGAGAGCUGCCUGCCUCUUCCUGCUGUUCAUGCCUGGCCUGCUGGCUCAGGGCCAAUAUGACCUGGAUCCGCUGCCCCCGUUCCCGGACCAUGUCCAGUACAACCACUAUGGAGACCAGAUUGACAACGCAGACUACUAUGACUACCAAGAAGUGAGUCCUCGGCCCCCUGAGGAACAGUUCCAGUCCCAGCAGCAAGUCCCACAGGAAGUCAUUCCGGCCCCCACCCCGGAACUGCCAGGUGCAGGGGAUCUGGAGACUGAGCCCACGGAGCCCGGGCCUCUUGACUGCCGUGAGGAGCAGUACCCGUGCACCCGCCUCUACUCUAUCCACAAGCCUUGUAAACAGUGUCUGAACGAGGUCUGCUUCUACAGCCUCCGCCGGGUGUAUGUCGUCAACAAGGAAAUAUGUGUCCGCACAGUCUGUGCCCACGAGGAACUUCUCCGAGCUGACCUGUGCCGGGACAAGUUCUCCAAGUGUGGCGUGAUGGCCGUCAAUGGCCUGUGCCAAUCUGUGGCUGUCUCCUGUGCCAGGAGCUGUGGGGGCUGCUAGGGUGGAGCUGGUAUGGGAUCUGAGCCCUGGACGAAGCUCAGAUCCACCUCAGGCCCCGCCUGACCUGGUGCUUUUCCCAUCCUGCCCUCCCCUUCAUCCUGGACAUCAGUGUACUGCUGUCCUGGAAGUGACCAGAGCUGCCUCGGGCCCCUCCCCAGCCUGUGGCCAUCCCUGAAAUGGGGGCUCCUGACUGUCCAGUCUCCACCCCCUAGUGGGGCUCAUGGAAGGCCCCAUGUGGAGCCUGGGGUUCUCAAUGUGCCUUCUCAGUGCCUUGGGGGUAGUCCUUCCUUCUCAGUCUCCUCAGGUAGGCUGUGCCCUCACCCAGCUGGUCUGCUUGGAUCUCCUACACUCCCAGGCAUGGACCAAGUCUGUUUUAUACAAAAUAAUAAAGUUUUU